AAACGUCCAGCCCCAUCAGCAACUUCUCAGAUGUGUCCGGGACGCAGCGCGCACGAACACAAAGGGAAUGAGUAUGGACACAACUGCGCUUUUCUCCAGACACGAGGAUUUAAAUCUCUUUUAAGACUUUUCCCUGUUUUAUAAGAAUCACCGUGUGUCAGAUAUUCGCGAUGGAGUCGGAGGAGUGUAAGAUAUCAGUGUGGGUCUGCCGGGAGGAAAAGCUCGUCUUCGGCUUGUCAAAGCGCACAACCUGCGCUGAUGUCGUCAAAGUGCUUCUGGAAGACCAAAACUCACAGCACGGCCUCUCCGCAGCUUCGCACUCUGGAUGCUCGCAGUCUUACUGCAUCGUGGAGAAAUGGAGAGGUUUCGAGAGGAUUUUACCACACAAAACCAAGAUUUUACGGCUUUGGGUCGCGUGGGGAGAGGAGCAGGGGAACGUGAAGUUUGUGUUGGUGAAGAGCGAGGCGUCUCUGGCGAACCACGGAGCCCGGAGCGCAGAGGCGCGUGUGGUGCUCAGCAAACACAGGCCCUGUGUCAGCAAGGGGGCCGCACGGUCCCCCGUGGAUGGCAUCUCACCUGAGAAACAGCGUCGGAUUGUCAGGAAAGCUUUCAGAAAGUUGGAGAAGAUCAAUGGUAAAAAGAGGGCGCAAACGGUGCACAGGGACGAGUCCUCUGCGGAAAAGAUGGAAACUUUGGCUCAUCUUGUGAUUUCUCAGGAUCAUACAAUCCGCCAGCAGAUUCAGAGGAUUACAGAGCUGGAAUCAGAGAUCGAGAGGUGCGAGGCGAAGGUGCAUUUUGACAGAAUUAAAAAACACGGGAUUAAUUAUGUGCAGGACACGUAUUUAGUGGAUGCUGCUGCUGCUUCCAGCCGAGGGGGAGAAGAACUGUGUUCAGCUGAGACUCUCGCCAAGUUUGAAGAGUAUGUCCGGAAGUGUGAGGAGGCGGUCGGACUACAAGAGGAGCUGCGGGAGCAGGAAGCCCUUAUAGAUAUCAUCACGGUGCAGAUGCAUGAGGAGCUUAACCACCGCUGGAUGCAGCGCAGAAAAGAGGUGCAGAGCAAAGAGACGGAGCCCGGCGAGGGCGCGUCAUCCCUCCACGGCACCGAACCAGACACCUCAUCAGACAACGAGCUGGUUUUGGAAGGAGAGAGGAUCAGGACACAGCUUGAUGCGAGUUCAUACAUCGGUCUGCGCCUCAACACGGAUUUGGAAGCUAUUAGGAGCGAUUUAGAGCUGACCCAGGAGAUUUACGCGGCGAGGGAGAAGCAGAUGAGGGAUUUGCUGGAGAAAGUGAACAUUUUGGACAGGGAAGAAGGGACAGCCCGCGAGGAGAGAUGUAGCCACGCGACAGAUAACACGGGGAUGAGCAGCACUUUGGAGAGGAAAAGCGAGUGGGUGGAGCAGGCUAGGGGUCUGUCAAAAGCUCACAGUGUGAACGACGACGACUCAGACACUGGCUUAAGCUCUCUGCACAGUCAGGACUCAGACAGCCACACUGUGUGGGAGUCACUGGUUUAGGAUUUUAGCAGAAAAAGAAUGAACUUCUACAGUCUCAGGGAAUAUAAUUACUCUGAAGUAACGAAAGUUCACUAUAAUAUUUCCACAUUGAUGACAGUGAAUUUAAACAGAUCUUCUUUGUAUGGCAGAAAAAUCCCCAUAUGUUCCUAUAUUUUUUAUAAGGUCUUUCUUACACUGGUUUAAGAGUUAUGUUUUGUUGGUGUCAGUC